AUGACGAAAAGAUUUCUUGAUCUUGGAUUAACCGAUAUAUUAAAAUAUCGUACAUCAGCAGUUAUUGAAUAUCUAUCAUUGACACAUCAAUAUGAUUUUCCUUCAUAUCGUUAUAAUAAUAGUUAUUGUCGAACAAUGGCAAUUGUUUAUUUUCGACAAGUUGAAUAUCAUUGUAAACAAUAUGCUUCUAAUCAUCAAUAUUAUCUUUAUACUUUACAAUGUUAUGAAUAUCUUGUGACACUCUAUCAAUAUUCUAGUGAUCGAUCUAUUGAAUAUUACCAAAAAAUGAUUGAAUUAUGCCUUAAAUAUUGUUCAAAUGAUCUGGAAAAUUUGAUUAUCGAUUAUAAAGACAUGAUUCAAACAUACAAACAACAACAAUCAAUAAAAAUAGUUAAUUCAGAAGAUAUUUCAACAUUGGUAUGUACUUCUAAUAAUCAUAUAGAAGUUUCAUUAAUUGAAACAUCGAUGAUACCACCCGUUACACCAAUGACAGCACCGCUAACACCUAUAAUUUCGUCGAUAUCUGGAAAACUUUUUGAAAAUAUCAAACAUUUACAUUUUACAUUUGAUUUCUAUAAUAAAUGGAUUGAUCUACGAUUUGAACAUGAAUUAGAUCUACAAAAGAAAAUGAUUUAUUAUCAUAUGAAAUUAACUGCUUUAUAUUAUGAUCAAGAAAAAUCCAUUGAAGCUAAACAUUCUUUAGGAGAAAAUUUUGAUAGUAUUAGUGAAUAUACAUAUAUAUAUAUAAAUCGUUUCACAACAACUAUAAAUACAAAUAAUUAUUGUAUUAAUGAAAAUAAUCAUUUCAAUUCAGCAUUUGAAUAUUUAAAUAAAGCAAUUAAACGUUUUGAAAAACAUAAUUAUCUAUAUCAACAUACAAUUAAUUAUUAUAUGAAAUUAGAAAAAUAUUAUCAAAUGAUUAAAAAUAAUAUGAAAUCAAGUAUUAUAACAUAA